GUGUUUUACAAAAGUUUCCAGAAAGUGCAGACGAAAGGAAACUUUUGGUUAUGGGGUCUUUGGACUCUAGGUGGAGGGAAUGGAAUCUGCUUCUUUCUUGCGUUUCAGGCGUGUCGUGUGACAGAUUCUGUCUGCAAGACGCAAUCCCAUAGCAAGCUCUCUUCGUUCUCUCCGUAGAAUCCAAUUUCUGCAACAAACACUCUCUCUUUGAUCUCCGUCCGUCGCUCAACAUGGCCAAUAGGCAUACCAUUAUUUUGAUGCAGACAUCUCAGAACAGAGCAACAAGAACAUUUAUGGAUUAUGAAUCGAUAAGCCAAGCCAUGGGUGGUAUCUGUGCACUGUAUGAGAGGAAGCUUAAGGAACUCAAUCCAGCCAUCAGAAACAUUACUUAUGACAUUGCUGAUCUCUACAAUUUCAUUGAUGGGCUUGCAGACCUGAGUGCAUUAAUCUAUGACCACUCAAUUCAGGCUUACCUGCCAUACGAUCGACAGUGGAUUAAACAGCGAACCUUUCAGCACCUCAAGAAAUUGGCAAUACAUUGAAAUAAUGCGUUUGUUUUGACUACUAAUUAAUUAAUACCUGGAUCUACAAACUGGGUCAAACAGAAAGGAAAGGAGAAAACCAAUUAUAGAAUUGGAGUUUUGGUUUGCUUGGAUAUUCAGUCAUGAUAUUAUGGGAAUAUGGAUUAUAUGGAUCAAUUCCUCCCACCUGCACAUAUAUUGGACACUGAUGGUCAUCUAGUUUGGUGAGGUGGAUGGUGGCACAACCACCUUGAUUGUGUGAUUAGUGUAUUUUGUAGCCAUGGUACUUGUUUAAUGCACGAAACUUGCAUUUUUUCCUUUCAAGGUAUUUCAAGACAUGUUUCUAAGACUAUAUUAAUGGCUUGGGUUCAUGAAUGUUGUCGAACAUGCUUAACCUCAAAGUUUGAUGUUGGAAACUGUUUAUUAUAUUUAUUAGAGUGGUUACAUGA